AUGAGUUCUCGGAUAGGCAAGGGACCUGUUGUCAGAAGUUAUCGGAGGAGAAAGACAGUUUUGGACCUUGACCUUAAUCGGGAACCAGCUAGUGAGAAUCGUGAGCAGGAGGGACCUUCAACUCAGUCAGGGGCUCAAGAAGUUCUAGUUGAACAGCAGCCGUUGGCCUCUCAACCAACAAUGAUUGAUGUGGAAGACAUUGAUGAUGAUGUUGUUGAAUGUACCCCAAGGGCUUUUGCUGAGGCUAAAAACAAAUCAAGAAGAAACCAGGCGAGGACUAUAGUUGAUGUUGAUCUAGAAGAUCAGACUAGGCGCACUAAGCGCAGAAGAGAAUUGCGAAAUCAAACAAUUAUUAAUUGUGAGAAGUAUAUAAAUUUGGAAGGCAGUAGCAGUUCUAUGAGUGAUAGUGCUAAAAAGCAUCCCGAACCUCGAAUCGAGCCUGUUUUCAACUGUCCAAUUUGUAUGGGUCCUUUGGCAGAAGAAAUGUCGACAAGGUGUGGUCAUAUUUUUUGCAAGAAUUGCAUCAAGGCUGCUAUAAGUGCUCAGGGAAAAUGCCCUACCUGUAGAAAAAAGAUUACUGUCAAAGAGCUUAUAAGGGUGUUUCUCCCAUCAACUAGUUGA